GACUCAUACAUCAUAAUGAGUCACACACUAUAUCCUUACAGCUUUGAAAAUAUUCCUCUUUGCGCUGCAGGUGAAGCCUACACCUAUUUUGCUUCGAAAUCUGCGUUAUCCACUCCAGACCCGUGUUUACCUUCCGCACUUCCUUGCGGCGCCCUGGCCGCCGGGUCAAAACGGAAGCCUGUCUUGGCCCUGAGCCCAUCCUGCUGUAGCUGCCUGCCACCAUGGGUGCUGACAAAGGAGCGACCUUGCAUCAAAAGCAGAGAGCAGAGGAAGAUGGGGGUGACCAGAAGGAUGUUUUUGAUGGAACUGGGAAGAAGAAAAGGUUUCAGAGUAGAAAGUGAGCUAAGUGAUUCUGUCACUCAUAUUGUGGCUGAGAACAACUCUUACCUGGAGGUGCUGGACUGGCUGAAGGGGCAGGCUGUGGGUGACAGCUCUAGGUUUGAGCUACUGGACAUCUCCUGGUUCACAGCCUGCAUGGAGGCAGGAAGACCAGUUGAUUUGGAAAUGAAAUUCCGCCUCAUGGAGCAAUCCCAAUCUCCUCCUUUGAAUACACCUGAAUUGGAAAUGCCAGCAUUUAUUGCAACAAAAGUAUCUCAGUAUUCAUGCCAGAGGAAGACAACUUUAAAUAACUACAACAAGAAAUUCACGGAUGCCUUUGAGGUAAUGGCUGAAAAUUACGAGUUCAAAGAAAAUGAAAUAUUCUGCCUGGAGUUUUUAAGGGCAGCUUCUUUGCUGAAAUCUCUUCCAUUUUCAGUAACCAGAAUGAAAGAUAUACAGGGGUUGCCCUGCGUGGGAGACCAAGUCAGAGAUGUCAUUGAGGAGAUUAUUGAAGAAGGAGAGAGCUCUAGAGUUAAAGAAGUGUUAAAUGAUGAGCGUUACAAGGCAUUUAAGCAAUUUACUUCAGUCUUUGGAGUGGGAGUGAAGACAUCUGAGAAAUGGUACAGAAUGGGCUUGCGGACUGUGGAAGAGGUAAAAGCUGACAAGACCCUGAAGCUGUCAAAAAUGCAGAAAGCAGGGUUUCUCUACUAUGAGGACCUUGUUAGCUGUGUGUCUAAGGCAGAAGCAGAUGCAGUGAGCUUGAUUGUCAAGAACACUGUGUGUACAUUUCUCCCAGAUGCUUUAGUUACCAUAACUGGUGGUUUCAGAAGGGGUAAGAAUAUUGGACAUGACAUAGAUUUUUUGAUCACCAAUCCAGGACCAAGAGAAGAUGAUGAACUUCUGCAUAAAGUUAUUGACUUAUGGAAAAAGCAGGGCUUACUCCUUUAUUGUGAUAUCAUUGAAUCAACAUUUGUAAAGGAACAGCUGCCAAGCAGAAAAGUUGAUGCCAUGGAUCAUUUUCAGAAGUGUUUUGCAAUUUUAAAAUUAUAUCAGCCAAGAGUAGACAACAGCACUUGCAACACAUCAAAAAAAUUGGAGAUGGCAGAAGUCAAAGACUGGAAGGCAAUCCGUGUGGAUCUGGUCAUAACCCCCUUCGAGCAAUAUUCAUAUGCUCUGUUAGGCUGGACAGGCUCCAGGCAAUUCGGACGUGACUUGCGGAGGUAUGCUGCACAUGAAAGGAAGAUGAUAUUGGAUAACCAUGGAUUGUAUGACAGGACAAAGUGGGUGCCUCCAAGCAAAUACUAUUCCCAAGUACUACUGGUGGUACAGAAACUCCACAUGUGGGGGAGUGAUGCUAUACUACACAUCCCAAAAGCCCAGGUGCCUCAGGGAAAUCACUUGGCUGGUGAGAAUCAAUCCUAUCUGCUUGUGGUGACUGACCCUGGGGAGAGAAGGAGAGAGAAUGUGUUGGGUAAUUUAGAAAGCCUGCCACAUAUCUUCCUUUCAUCUGAUUCAACUGGAUGAGAAUGGAUUGAAAGAUGGAAUGUGGUGGAACAAAGCAAUCUGCAGUGUGUUUGAGUAUUUUAAUAAAUAUUUUAAAAUAUUUGUAUUGACUUCACAAGGAUUUCCUGAGUAUUAGCAGUGUAAUCCAGACAGAGCACUGCCAUGAUUUUGCCAGGAAAUAAUAUGUGGUUAUUUCCUCAAGAGAUUUUUUUUUUUUUUUUUACUAUCAAUAAAUAAUGCUUUCCCCUUGUACUACUAUGUAAAAUAGACAUUUAUGCUUAACAUAUGUUUGCUUGGAGGUAAAAUAAAUGUUUGAUGGAGUGUUAAAAGCAAACAUGAAAACUUAGAGAAGCUUAAAACCCCACUAAAUUUCUAGAUGGAUAAUAGCACAGUUACUUAUAAUCUUUGAGGAUGUGUUGCUCAGAAGAACAGGCAAAACAGGCAGGUAUCAAACUUGGCAUCUACAUGAAUUGAUCAACCCCAUAAACUAUGGAUGAUCUCAGAAUGGACAUAUGCAAAAUCUCAUUUCUUUCACAGAGCUGAGCUACAGCACAUGCAAGGAGAUCAGAGGCCCAAGCACAGACUGUAAGUGGCAGUAUUAAAGCUAUAGGACUAGAGCCAAAACCACCCUCAUCACUGGGACUUCUUAUCCUUACUUACUCACAGACUGUUAACUGUUCUCUGAAUUAUUUAUUCUGAAAUCUGAAUAGCUAUUCCUUAGUUUAUCCUGUUGCUUAUGAAUUAAUUUUGCAACCAACCAGUCCUCUGGUAUACCAGCACAUUUUCACAUUUUCACUUAGCUUCUCAUAAGAAACUACUCUCUGAAACCAGAAAAAUAACUAAUUUUACCAAUUUCAGAGCAGGUUGCUAUACUGGGGUUUUGCUAAACUGAGUAAAAUUUUUAAACCACUUACAUUUGUUUUUAAAAUGUUCAUCUUCUUCUAGAGAAGAUUGAAAUGAGAAGAUUUCUAGGAAAAAAAAGAUUGAAAUGAGAAGAUUUCUAGGAAAAAAAAAAAAGAAAGAAAAAACCAAAUUAUUCCAGAUGCAAAUAUCUCCAGUCUACACACGUAUUAGUCAGAUUUAAUUUUAUCUUCCUUUUCCAGCUUUUCAAACCACCACUCUUGUUUUACAUGCUCUGUAUUCUGCUGAUCUACUGUGCUUCUCUCAAGUUUUUAAAGGAUUUAUUUAUAUUUCAUUUUAAUUCCUUUAUAUUGUCUUCUUUGUUAAUUUGGUUUUUGAAAUUAAGAGGAAUGUAAUUACUUGUACUAGAAUCCAAGUUUAACUUUCAAAAUCACAUUGUCCUCCUAAGUUUAAAACCAGGAAAAGUGCAAAAAAAUCCUUAUUAUACUUAAUCUUUAAAAACUCAGGAGAAUCAAGAAGGAAAGCUCUGAGGCUUCACUGUUUUAAAAAAGAGAUUAUUUCUUCUCUAAAGCAAUGAUUUAAUAUGGCAGAUCUUUUGAGUUUUUCUUUAAUCAGGGAUCAGGCAUUUUUCCUUUCCAGCAACUACAGAGAUACUGACUCAGCUUGACAAUGUUUAUAGUAGAUGUUAUUUGAGCUGUAAUAUGGUUUUGAGAUAUGAAGUGAGUUGUAGAAAGAAUCUAAGAGGCUCUCAGAUCAGCCAUGAGAAAUUUUCCACAAGAUAACUGUAAGUCAUCUGCAAAGUGAAGCUCUUUUGACCAGCUACCCAAUUUCACUCCUUCACAUGCUAAAAUUUAACUAGAUUUUGCAGACUGAUGGACUAUAAAGCCAAAAGGGACUAUUUGGUUCAUUCCUACUGACCUCCAGAAUGGGCUGGAGACCUUUGAUGAAUAAAUCACUAUUCCAAGGAUUUUCAGUCAGGGCUCCACUGUUGCUGUUGAAAUCUGGUGAUGACUUGAAGCCAAAGUACCAUUGACCCAGUGUUUCAUAACUACCCUGUUCAAAUGUCUUCCUUAUCUGAAGCCUUAUACCAGCUAAAACCAGUCCCUAAACUUACUCUGCUCCCAGGGUUCUGCUGGUGCCAGGGCAAAGCUGGUGCCUUUACAACAUCCAGCAGUGUGGGUGGGGUGGACACAGCCAUGGCUGAAUCCCUGUCUGGACCUGGCCUGGCCAUGGCUUUUCUUUGGAGACCAUCUGCUGUCUGUACUCAGCAGCAAAACUGGGCCCAUGUGCAGGAGCCAACGAAACUGAGCUCCCAUUAAACACCCCUGUGGGGACAUGGUGGUCUGGGGGGAGCCCAGGAAGGUUGUUGGCCAUUGUAACUGUAUUCUAGGAUUUCUGAGUGACCUUUAAUUAGUCAGCAACUUACAGAGCUGUGUCCCUAAAUAGGGAAUGUAAGUCCACUUUGUAAGUGAGACUGUCAGUUUGAUUUAACUGAGUACCUAAGGCAUACAAUGGUAGAAAGUGGUUCCAUCUAAUAGACUGGCUGCUGGGGGGCACACUUGCCAGAGGUGCCUAAAGAAGUGUGGAUUAGCUAUUAUUAGUGGUACAAAUACCCAAAAGCUCAACUCCUCCAUCUGCCAAGCCAUCUCCAAUAAAGCCCUCUGGUACCUUCACAGCUGGGGAAUGUUUUGAGUCACUCAUCCAUAACACUCCAGUCUUUCACACACAUGGCCAGCAGUGCAGACAUUUGGAAAUCAAAUAACGUGCACUUCAAGUAGAAGAAGCACACUGAGAGCUCCCUUUCUGGUUCACCAAAAUUCAAAUUGAGACUGUGUUCUCUAUGCCUUGAUUCUGUCUUUAUAAGUAAUCCUGCUUAUAAUUAAUUCUAAAGGGGCUUAAUCUUUAAGCAGAAACAAUCUGUAAAAUCUGAAUGAACUGAUCUCCAAAAACGAGAACAAUGAAAAACAUUCUCAGGUAAAAUGAAAAA